GAAAAUGGUUGGUGUUUCAUUAAAUGAUAAUGAGAAUUUAAAGAAAAAUGUACCUACAGCUGAAGAUCAACAACAAAUUAAUAAAUUUGCCCGUUUACACAAAUCUUAUUUGGAAAAUAAAGGUCAAUUAGCCUUUUUACAAAAUACGGCACAAAAUUUGACUGAUGCUGAAAAUGAAGUUAUGCUUAUGGAAGAUGGACAAUUAAAUGUUCCGAUACUUGUUGGGUCUAUUUUUGUUCAUCAAGAUCAGGAUAAAAUAAAUUUAAUGUUGGAAGAACGUAAAGAAUAUAUUCAACAACAAAUUGUUAGUUUGGGGGAGAAAAUAAUUUGUUUGGAAGCUGAAAUGAAAGACCUCCGAGCAAUUCUUUAUGCAAAAUUUGGUGAUAAUAUUCAAUUGGAAGAUGAACAGAAUAAUGGGGAAUAA